AUGUCUUCGGACCUCUCCGUCACCUCCUUCGCCCUGGGCGCGUUGACUGCCACCGGCGGCAUCAUUGGCUACGCCCGGACUCGCUCUGUCCCGUCUAUCGUCGCCGGAGUCAGCGUUGGUCUUCUCUACGGCCUCGGUGGCUACCGCAUCCAGAACGGCGAGCCCUACGGUGUCGAGCUCAGCCUCCUCGCAUCUGCCGUCCUCGGUGGCUCCGCCGUUCCCCGCGCUAUCCGUCUCCGCAAGCCCGUGCCGAUCUUGCUCAGCGUCUUGUCCCUCUUUGGCCUGUAUAGCUUUGGUAACGAGUUCCGUCGCACCUUGUAA